AUGAACAUCAACGCCCCACGCUCGACAGGUCUCAACCUGCCCGGCUUCCGUUCACGACCGAGCAAAGGAGAAGGUGGAAAACACAGGAAUGAGCUGAGGAUACCCUUUCUCGGCUUCCUGCCUAACAAGCCAAGGAACCAUUUCAUCGCUAUGGUCGGCGAAUUCAUUGGCACCUUUCUCUUCCUGUUCUUCGCCUUUUCCGCUACCCAAGUCGCCAAUGCCGCUGCCGCUGGUGCGGGUACUGAGGGAGGCUCCAUCACGCAGGUGCCGAAUACAAGCGUCUUGCUGUACAUUGCUUUGGCUUUUGGCUUCAGUCUGGCCGUGAACGCAUGGGUGUUCUUCAGGAUCAGUGGAGGUCUCUUCAAUCCAGCAGUCACACUCGGCAUGGCACUCAUUGGAGCUGUCACUUGGCCUCGUGCAGGACUUGUCUUCAUCGCGCAGAUACUUGGUAGCAUGGCAGCUGCUGGUGUGGUGCAAGCCCUCUUCCCUGGAUCAAUGGCAGUCUCCACGACACUCGGUGGUAACACAAGCAUCACUCGCGGCCUUUUCAUUGAGAUGUUCCUCACUGCCGAGCUCGUCUUCACCAUUUUCAUGCUUGCGGCCGAGAAGCACAAGGGCACCUUCAUCGCCCCCAUUGGCAUUGGCCUCGCGCUCUUUGUCGCCGAACUCACAGGUGUCUACUUCACCGGCGGCUCUCUCAACCCUGCACGAUCCUUCGGUCCCUGCGUCGUCCUCGGCAUCUUUCCUGGCUACCACUGGAUUUACUGGCUGGGCCCCGCUCUUGGUGCAUUGGUGGCGGUUGGCUUCUACCGCUUUGUCAAGAUGCUCGAGUAUGAGACCGCGAACCCCGGCGCCGACUUUAACGAGCACGAGCAGGAGAUGUUCGACGAGCACCACGACGAGGAGAACGCUGCGACUGGUGCAGACGUCGCACGUCCAAAUCCCGCUACCCUGACCAGCAAUGACGACUACCGCAGCGGCAGCAUGCAGUCGCCGGUGGGCAUCGCAAACCGAGCACGCAUGGAUGGCAGCCACAGCGAGAAGAUUGACGAGGUGCCUUUCCAUUCUGGUCAAGGUCCAUACAACGCUGGUCCCCAGGUGGAGAACGGUGGCGUGCGAUACUGA